GUGCUACAGAUUUCAUCCUUCAUUGUUCUACAGGCACAAUAGCGUAAGGCUGGCCGCGUGGUCUGGCCGCGCCUCGGAUGGUACAAAUAGGUCAGGCGUCCUUGUCAAAAACACGUUCUUUUGCCCUAUUAAACCCACCUACUCCGUUGAUCGAAAAUUUUUCAGAACUACUCACUCUUUCUUUACUCUCACUUGCACGAUGAUAACGAUGCUUCCCGUUCUCUUACUACCAUUCUUUCCUCUUGCUUUGGCGGCCCCAUACUGCCGUCUGACAGCUAGUUCUGUUUCUGCUACUUCAUCUGCUUCCACUCCCGCUACGACGUCGACAUGCACCUCCAGUACCAGGGCUACCACGAAUGAGACUUCUGAUUUUCUAGCUGCCGCAUGGUAUCCCGGCUGGUUGGAAGAUUACACACCUUCUGAUAUUCCAUGGGAAAAGUACACCAUGAUGACGUUUGCCUUCGCCACAACCACUUUUGACUCCUCCGACAUUGCUUUGGACUCACUGAGUGAAUCAAGGCUUCCCGACUUCGUUGCGAAUGCUCAGGAGAACAAUGUCUCCGCCCUAUUGUCCAUCGGUGGUUGGACGGGAUCCCAGGGUUUUUCUCUAGCAGUUGCCACCGCUGAGAACCGCACCGCGUUUAUCAAGGCCAUCGUCAACCUCGUCGACACUUACAACUUGAGCGGUAUCGACUUCGACUGGGAGUAUCCUAACAAGGCCGGUAUCGGGUGUAACUCCAUUUCCACCAGUGACUCGGCCAACUUCCUUACCUUCCUCCAAGAGUUUCGUCAAGAUUCGACUGGUUCCAAAUUGUACCUUUCAGCUGCUGUCGGCAUCACACCGUUCGCUGGUUCUGAUGGUGAGCCGAUGACCGAUGUCUCCAACUUUGCACAAUAUCUGGAUCACAUUGCUAUCAUGGUUUACGACAUCUGGGGCUCCUGGUCUGCCACUGUUGGCCCCAAUGCUCCUCUCAACGAUACAUGUGCCACGAACGGAGUGGGUUCCGUUGUUUCAGCCGUCAAAGCAUGGACAACUGCUGGGUUCCCUGCUAGCCAGAUUGCCGUUGGCGUUGCAUCCUAUGGCCACAGCUUCCACGUCGACACCGCGGAUGCGCUUGCCUCCAAUGGAUCUCUGGAACUCUAUCCAAAGUUCAACGCUUCGCUACAACCCGCUGGUGAUAGUGAUAACACCACCACCACCACUACUGAGACCACCGAUAUUUGUGGUAACCCCAGCAGCGGGGUCAGUGGUAUUUUCAACUUCUGGGGCCUCAUCGAUGGCGGCUUCCUCACCGAAAAUGGCACAGCUGCUGAAGGGAUAGAUUACAUCUUUGAUACCUGCAGUCAGACCCCCUACGUAUACAACUCGACCUCGGAAGUGAUGGUCUCCUAUGAUGAUGCUACGUCUUUUGCGGCGAAGGGCCGGUACAUCAGUGACAACGGACUGAAGGGCUUCGCGAUGUGGAACGUCGCCGGUGACUCGAAUGAUAUAUUGCUCGAUGCAAUUAACGAAGCCCUCGGUACGGUCGUGGAUGACAACUGUUAGAGCUAAAGCUGUGUAUCACU